AUGACGACAGUCGUCACCAAUUCCGGAGUCCUCGCCCCCUCUACUGUUUCUCUUGCAACGCAAAUGAAUUACUCCUUUAAGAGUACUAACCUAGCCGUGUAUUCGCAAUUGUUCACAAUAUUCCAACGCGCCGCCGACAAACUUUGCAAAGUGGAAGGUCUGGUGUUUGACUUCCUCAUGCAACUGAUUCCGGUCACAAAUGGCACAAACUCUUUGGGUCUCGAACCCAACGUCAAGGAUCUGGUCCUCGUUGACAUUGGUGCGGCACACCACAACGCGGCCGACGCCGUCGUUCAGGCAGUUGUGCAGAACAUAUUUCACCAGCACGUGCACAUCUUGAAGAAAGCGGGUCUUUUCCUUAAUUGGACAUACCUGAACUACGCUGGCUCAAACCAAGACUCGAUCGGCACCUACGGCGACUUGGCAACGCUUAGAAGGGUCAGCAAGAAAUACGAUCUCAAGGGCCUUUUCCAGACCGCCGUUCCUGGGGCUUUCAAGGUGUUUAAGUAG